AUGGCGACUAUGGUUCCUGGCCGCAAGCCGCGCCAGAAAGAAAGCAAAGGCAUCCCGCCGCUGACGAAGAAUGAGGUGAUUCAUAUCACUUCGGCAGAGGCUGAACUUGUGCCGUUUCAGGACGAGAAGCUGGAAAUCUACUGCAGAGAGCAUGAUGACAUCGCCGCCUCAUUUACAGAAGCCCGCGAGGGGCGCGGCGUCCUGGCAAAGCUUUAUGACCAGCGGAACAAAGAGAUCCUGGACCGCUUGGUGGCAAUGCGAGCAAAGUCUGACAAAGAAGCGAAAGUGAAUCUGGACCAGCUCAAGGACUUCUGCAAAGAAUUCGUGGACACUGUUGCUGAGCGAAAAAGAACUUGGAAGCAGAAGUUUGCCGAUGAUAAGAAUGAGCUGACAACGCGAUCUACAAAAAUGGGUGAAACCAUCACAGCCUUGGACGAAGCUAUCGUCCAAGAACACGAGGACUGCCUUGCCCACGCGGCGGCUGAAACGGAACCGCUGCUGGCUGCCUUGCGAAAGCACAAUGACUUCCUGGCUGAGCAGGUGGCUGAACGAUCUGAAGAGCAUGAUCGCUUCAUGGGCGACAUGCACAGCCGCUUUAGCUCGUUGAGGAGAAGACUGGCAGAGGAAAGGGAGGCCCGCCGCGAGAGAGGUCACGAAAUGCGACAGCGUGCCGAAGAUCGGUUCAGCUCGUAA